AUGGAGAACAAGCUAUUGAAGGGACUGUUGAACAAAUUUUGUCCUGAUUACAAUACUCAACUGUCAAAGAUGUCCGGUGCCGAUGUGGUACAAAUGAUAUUAGGGGAGCAGGGCGGACCAGGGGACGACAGUAAAAGAAAAAAGAGCAAAAAGUCCUCGAAGAAAGACCACAACCACAGUUAAGGGUAGGUUAAAGGUGCUUUUCUUACCGCUUUUUUUCUUACCGCUUUUUAAGGGAGAAAGGGAUAAAAAGCGGGGUAAGCAAGCACCAAAAACCUACCUCUAACACAGCAAACACCGACGGCGGCGGAGGGCGUCUGGUGGUAGGAGAAGAAGUAAGACUUGUGGUCGUGGACGUGCGUCGUCAAAUUCCGGUUCUUCGUCUCGCAGCGUGUCUGACUCCGCGGAGAGGAUAAGAAACCAUUACAGAAGUAGGAUAUCGAGCAAGAAGAGAAAGAAAGGGAAGUUGGACAGCCACAUAAGUGGAGGCAGUAAAGGAGAGCAAAUCUUCGAAGAAGAUCGGCAGCAAAAGGCCUUACGGGUAAGUCCUUUAAAAGUGGAUGAUUCGUCUAGUAUUUCCAAGAAAACGACAGCAAAGACACCUACAAGUUCAGGUCGAAGACGACGAGCCCACAUUCCUCGAAGACGUCGUAGUGAGCCCUCAUCGGCAUGUGACUCUAGCGGAAGCAGAUACGGUAACUCUACAUCAUCUUCGUCACCGUCAAGUAGAAGUGCGCGGCGGAGGAGAAGAAAAAAGAAGAAUCAGCAGAAAUCGUUCUCAGGAAGCGGCACUAGACAAACAGGGAAGUCGAAGGCCUUCCUAGCUUCGUCAAUUUCAUCUUCUAGGAGUGGUCGAGGAGGUAGAAGGGUUUCUAUUGAGCCAAGAAUAUCAUCAGGGAAAAGAAUUACUAGCUCGGCAACAGCACAAGCACUUCUAGAUGCUCACCAUAUUCAAGUAGACCAUAAUCAUUCGGAUGCUAGUGGGUUAAGCGGACAAAACCUCAAUAGAAGGUUCCUUCCUACAUCGCGCUGUCUGCAAGACGAGCUAGAAACCGCAAGUGUUUUAAGCGGUCCCACGCCAGCGCUGUUUUCGCCUGCGGGAGACGUCUUUACGCCUGCGAGUGUAAGCACUGCGGAAGGAGUUGGUGACCACUAUUUUCUGACCAAAAGUCACGUUGAAAUGCCAGAAAGCAGCAGCCAAGUUCAACAUAGAACAGACAGUACUAUGGCUCCGAGUACUAGUAAAGAUGAUACGCACCAACAUAGUACGAAUCACCAGCAUGAUGUUGAGCAAGAAGAAGAUACUACACUGGCUCUCUACACUGGCUCUCUCGGUACCAUAAGACCAGCUUUAUUCGACACGAACCGGCGGAUCUUGAGUUACUCCAAAACUUCCUCAACCUUCUCCGGCUCAUCAACGAGUACUACGGCUUUGCUGUCCACGACGCUACCGCAGGACUCCCCUAGUGGCAGUGAACCACCAGGCAGCUCUCUGGAAGCAAGAAGCUCCGCAGGAAGUUCGGCAUCGAUAUCGGAAUCGGUGGAAGUAGGACUGCCUUCGGCUGCAUCAUCUUCAUCUCCCAUUGAGUCGAUCCUUGUAGUCAGUUCAUCAGCAUCUUCAGGUACUAGUACCGCCUCCAGUAGUAAGAAAGAGAAGAAAAAAUCUUCGUCUUCAAAAGAACGACCGCGAGAUGCAGAUUCGCUAGGAGGUGGCUCUUCAAAAGAACGACGGCGAGAUGCAGAUUCGCUAGGAGGUGGCCUAGAGCUCGAGGGAUCCGACAGUGAAGUCCGCAAAGCAAAGAAGAAGGAGAAGAAGAGAAAGAAGGAAAGCAGAGCUGGUUUGAAAUCUUCCAUCACAGGAGACUUUGAAAACCAGGAUGUUGAGCUGGCGGCUACGGCAUCUGCUUCGUCAAGUACUACACAUGCUGAAGCUGCAGGUGGAAACGUAGUUCCUGAAGAAGACGUCGACACCAGCUACUCAAGUACAAGUUCUAGUAGUACUUUCUCCGCUGGCCUCAUGAGUCAAUUGGGCCGAACAAUAGGGGGCUUCGGCUUUUCUGGCAUUGCAGGGAGCAACUUCGGUGGAGCAACUUCGAACGAGGAUCAAGUUGCUCCACUGAAGUUGCCAACCGAUGAGGAAGCGAUGGAAGAUCGGCGACGUGCGCAGGUAAUGAAAUCGACCGUAACGAUAUCCCGUGGCAUUAAGACCACAGUCGCGCCAGACACACCACGUCGUGCUGCACCUGAUGCGCGAUUAAUGAACUACUUUUAGUUCUUUGAAUUUUAUGUUUAUGUUAGUGUUACUACUUCAAGAAGGAAGAUGUUGAAAAAGAAAAUGAAGAUGUUUCUUGUAUGUAAUAUAUAAUAUUCUCGUCAUUCCUCGCUAGUAGUUGUAGUAUCUACUCUCUCAGUUUAAUAUUCUAGUUUCGCUUACAUAAUUCGCCUGUAAACCUGCAGAGAUGAUCUGUGCUUGGUAAGUUUUUAAUCUUGUCAUUGUUUCAUUCUUGUUUCUCUCUCUUGUCUCUCUCUCGCGUCAUCAUCAUGUGGCAAAUGUCGAUUGCGUGAAGGUUCAGAGAACGCGUGAAGGUGCACUACUUCAGCUUCAGAGAGGCCUGUGCAAUUCAAUGCAGAUGUUCUUCGUUCGAGAACUUUACCAUGUGCAAAACUAGUAAAUCUCAACGUCUCCGACAGACAGCCAGUCGCGCCAAAGUACAUUAUAUAUAUGAG